AUGCUUCUCAGCAGAAUUUGCGUUUUCCUUUUGUGCUUUAUUAAUUGUUCCUUUUCCAAAAUUUCUUGGCCACAUUCAACGUCUGACUUCAGCUUGGAGGGAGAUUAUUUAUUGGGUGGCCUUUUUGCUUUACAUGAAAUUGACCAAGUGACAUCGAUUUUCACCCCAGAGACCACUGAAUGUUUCAGGCACAGUACCUCCACGUCUGGUUAUCAGAUGUUGCAAGUGAUGAGGUUUGCUGUUGAGGAGAUUAAUAACUCUACAACUCUUCUGCCCAAUGUUUCUCUGGGCUAUGACAUUUUUGACCAUUGUUCUAAUACAAAGAAUUUCCUUUCAAUCUUAAGUUUUGUCUCAAAGAAUGGCUCAAUAAAACCCAAAGAAAAGCUCAACAACUAUCAGCCUAAAGUGAUUGCUUUAACAGGGCCAUAUGGAAGCACAAGAACUAUUACUAUUGCACCAUUAAUCACAAUGGGCCUUAUACCAUUGGUGAAUUAUGGAGCUUCUAGCUAUGCAUUAAGCAAUAAAAUGCAGUAUCCUUCCUUUCUAAGAACAGUCCCUAGCAACAAAGACAUGAUAGAGAUGAUUAUUCACAUCAUACGGUGGUUUGGAUGGAACUGGGUUGCCUUUCUUGGUAGCCAAGACAGUUACAGUUCAGAUGGACUAAAGCUGUUUAACAAGUAUAUAAGCAAUACUGGCAUUUGUUUGGCCUAUCAAGAGGGUCUGAGCUUACAUGCAAACUACAGUCAAACGCUUAAAAAGAUUGAUAUGCUCAACAUCAAUGUCAUUGUUGUUUUCGCUGUACCACAAUAUGCAGUCAACAUAAUCAAAACUGCCAUAGUGGAGAAUAUCCGAGACAAAGUAUGGAUUGCGAGUGAAACUUGGGCUAUGAAUCAACAGCUUCCUAGAGAGCCGGGAAUUGGGAAAAUUGGAACAGUCAUUGGCAUUACAGAGAGAUUGUUGUCAUUACCAGGAUUUGAUAAAUUCAUCUAUAAAGACAGGAGAAUUAAUGGAUAUAGCACUGAGAGUAAUGUCCAGAGUAAGAAUAAGACAUGCAAUCAAGUUUGUGAUUACUGCCCACUGUUGACCGCCGAGGAGAUUAUAAACGAAAAUCCCUCAUUCUCCUUCGCCAUCUACGCUGCCAUAUAUACCAUAGCUCAUGCAUUACAUAACGUUCUGCAGUGUGAUAUGAAUGUAUGCCCAAAAAACCCAAAGGCCAAGCCAUACAUGUUAAAGGUUCCUUUCUCAAACUGCUCUGUUGAGUGUAAGCCGGGAUAUUCAAGGAAACCUGAAGGUUUUCAUAGCUGCUGCUUUACCUGUACAAAAUGCCCACGUAACAGCUAUGUGGACUAUUCUCGGGACCCCUAUACCUGUUUUCCAUGUUUAGAGAGCGAAUGGUCUGAUGAGGGCAGCACAGCAUGUAAGACACGUAUUGUUGUCUAUCUUGAGUUUGCAGAAAUUUCCUCCAUCAUUGUCAUGCUUUCUGCCACAUGCCUAAUUAUUCUCCUUAUUGCUAUACUUUGCCUUUUUGCCUACAACUUCAACACACCAGUGGUAAAGUCUGCUGGUGGCAGCAUGUGUCUCCUUAUGUUAAUGUGUUUGAUUAUGUCUAGUAUAAGUGUGUUCUUUUUCUUUGGAAAACCCACAUUUGUAUUUUGCCUCCUGAGAAAUGCCAUAUUUGCAUUUUUCUUCACAAUCUGUAUUUCCUGUUUGACUGUCCGUUCCUUUCAAAUUAUUUGUGUUUUUAAAAUGGCUGCUCAGUUCCCUAAGCUGCACAGCCUUUGGGUAAAGCACAACGGACAGUGGCUCUUCAUUAAUUACACCCAGACCAUUAGUAGGACUUAG